AUGGAUAUUAGAACAAGACAAGGCUUGCUAAAUGCUCUUGUGGGAAAGGUGGGGAAAAGGAUGGAUACUCUAUUGAUUCCUCUGGAGUUGCUUUCCUGUAUUUCACGGUCAGAAUUUUCUGAUAAGAAGGCUUUUAUACGUUGGCAAAAGAGGCAGUUAAAAGUUUUGGAGGAGGGGCUUGUGAAUCACCCUGCUGGUGGAUUUGGUGAAUCUGGGCGCAAGACAAAUGAAUUGAGGAUUCUGUUGGCCAAGAUUGAAGAAGCAGAGUUUCUCCCAUCUUCAAGUGGUGAACUUCAAAGGACAGAGUGCUUGAGAUCCCUAAGGGAGAUUGCCAUUCCACUUGCUGAGCGGCCAGCUCGAGGUGACUUAACUGGCGAAAUAUGUCAUUGGGCAGAUGGUUACCACUUAAAUGUCAGACUAUAUGAGAAGUUACUUUUAAGUGUGUUUGACAUGCUAGAUGAAGGAAAACUGACAGAGGAAGUGGAAGAAAUUCUUGAACUUUUAAAGUCAACUUGGAGAGUUUUGGGAAUCACCGAGACAAUCCAUCACACGUGCUAUGCAUGGGUUUUAUUUCGUCAGAUUAAGGUUGUUUUGUUAAAAUUCCACUUGAUGGGAUAUGCUGAUUAUAAGUAUGUUAUCACAAGGGAGCAUGGGGUUUUAUUGCAUGCACUUGAGCAAUUAAAUAAAAUACCACUCAUGGAGCAACGGGGCCAACAAGAGAGGUUGCAUUUUAAAAGCUUGCGAUCCAAGGUUGAAGGUGAACGGGAUAUAUCUUUCUUACAGUCUUUCUUAACACCAAUUCAGAGAUGGACUGACAAGCAGCUUGGAGAUUAUCAUCUGCACUUCCACGAGGCUUCAGCAACUAUGGAAAAGAUUGUAGCAGUUGCAAUGAUCACCAGGAGGCUUCUACUGGAAGAACCAGAAACUGUGUGUAAAUUUACCUCACAGUCCCUGCCAAUUAGUGAUCGUGAUCAGAUAGAGAUAUAUAUAUCAUCAUCAAUUAAGAAUGCAUUUUCAAGGACAGUGCAAGUUGUUGAAAGGGUUGACAUGUCAAACGAGCAUCCCUUGGCAUUGCUUGCAGAAGAACUUAAGAAGCUGCUAAAAAGAGAAUCGGUAACUUUCUUGCCUGUUUUAUCUCAGCGGCAUCCUCAAGCAACUGUUGUAUCUGCAUCACUAGUUCACAAACUUUAUGGCCACAGACUUAAACCCUUUCUGGAUGGUGCAGAACAUUUAACUGAGGAUGUCAUUUCUGUAUUCCCCGCAGCUGAAAGUCUAGAGCAGUUCAUAAUGGCACUUAUUACAUCUGCAAGCCAUGAAGAAAAUGCUGAGAUCUUUUUGAAGAAAUUGAAUCUCUACCAGAUUGAGACAAAAUCUGGAACUUUGGUGUUACGUUGGGUCAAUUCACAGCUUGGAAGAAUUUUAGGUUGGGUAGAGCGGGUUUUUCAACAAGAGCAUUGGAACCCAAUAUCCCCUCAACAACGACAUGCCGGUUCUAUUGUGGAAGUUUACAGGAUUGUCGAGGAGACAGUUGAUCAAUUUUUUGGUCUUAAAGUUCCAAUGAGGUUUACAGAAUUGAAUAGCUUGUUUCGUGGCAUUGACAACGCUCUUCAAGUGUAUGCAAAUAAUGUUGUUAAUGACUUGGCCAGCAAAGAGGAUCUAAUACCACCUGUGCCUAUUCUCACCCGGUACAGAAAGGAAGCUGGAAUAAAGGCUUUUGUAAAGAAGGAACUAUUUGAUACUCGUGUGCCUGAGCCUGAUGAGCCAAGGCCCAGCCAAAUUAGUGUCCUAACAACCCCUACGCUUUGCAAUCGGAGUACUGAAACCGAUAUAAUUUCUGACUCUUUUCCUAUAAUCCUUUUGUCAAUAGAGAAAUCUUUAGAUGAGAAGUCCAAGAGUUUCUCCCAAAAGGAUACUUUUGAGGGAAGUAGAAAAAUUAUAAAUGCUGCUAUGGACCGCAUUUGUGAGUACACAGGAACUAAAAUCGUCUUCUGUGAUCUGAGAGCUCAAUUUAUGGACAAUUUAUAUAAACCCAAUGUCUCUGGCUAUAGGUUGGAAGCGCUUAUAGAACCACUUGAUAUGGAACUUAGCCAACUUUGUGAUAUUGUUGUGGAGCCUCUCAGGGAUCGCAUAGUGACAAGUCUUCUUCAGGCAUCAUUGGAUGGCUUACUCCGUGUUAUCUUAGAUGGGGGUCCAUCAAGAGUUUUCUUUCCCGGUGAUGCAAAAUUUUUAGAGGAAGAUCUGGAGAUCUUAAAGGAAUUUUUCAUAUCUGGCGGGGAUGGUCUGCCACGGGGUGUUGUCGAAAAUCAGGUUGCACGUGUUCGGCAUGUGAUCAAAUUGCACGGCUAUGAGACCCGAGAGUUGAUUGAAGACUUGAAAUCUGCUAGUGGCAUGGAAAUGCAAGGUGGCAAAAGCAAACUAGGAACUGAUUCCAAAACACUAUUAAGAAUAUUAUGCCACAGGAGUGACUCAGAAGCCUCUCAGUUCCUGAAGAAACAAUACAAAAUACCCAGUUCUUCUGCAUAA